AUGAUUAGAGACGGCCUUGGAAUAUUGAUAUCAUUAUCGUUGCGAGAGGGCCGGCAUUCAGGGGCGUUGAGCGGGUGUAUGGGUAAGGCAUUCCAGCCCAAAACACAAGGAAUGGACGCGUCGACAUGCCAAGAGUCUGGCUCAUGCUUUGAAGUAAGAGAGAGGGAAAACGCGAGUUCGGGAAUUGGAGAAGUUAAAACUAUGAAUCUUGAAGACGACCUUGUUGGAUC